AUGCGUAGAAAACCCUUGGAAUUCAUCGUGGGCGAUCGUGUUUUAUUGAAAGUCUCACCCUGGAAGGGUGUAGUUCAUUUUGGGAAAUGCAGCAAGCUCAAUCAGCGUUAUGUUGGGCCGUUCACGAUUCUGGAAAGAAUCGGUAGGGUGGCUUACAGGCUUGAGUUGCCUGAUGAAGUUGGCAAUGUUCACGACGUUUUUCACGUCUUUAAUCUAAAGAAGUGUUUGUGCGAUGAAACACUUGUGGUUCCUCUUCAAGAACUAAAGAUCGAUGACAAGCUGCAUUUUAUUGCGGAACCCGUCGAAAUCAUGGACAGGGAAGUUAUGGUCCGUAAACACAGUCGUAUACCUAUUGUGAGAGUUCGUUGGAACUCAAGACGUGGACCGGAGUUCAGAAUCAUGAGUGGACGUUGUGGUGGACACGGCGGUGGACGUGGCAAUAUCAUCAUGACUCAGGCAGAGUUAACGGAUCUCAUCAAUACGCGUGUGGCUGAAGCUUUAGCAGCUCAGUAA